AUGGCGACUGAUGAGCAACUAUUUUGCAUUGCAAAUAGACCUUUUCAAAACGCCCACCGGCAUUCGAAAGUUAUUUGCUCGAAAUGUUACGAAGGCUGCGGCACACCGGUCGAAACUGUGAAUUUUUUCGUGGAAGGUAGUGGGUUAAAACAUCAUUUUAGAACCAUGCAUCGUGGGACUGUAUUAAACGAAGAAAUUUUGGGUGAAUGCAAGAAGAUAUUCAACAAUUUACACGGGGCAGAAACGGCCGAAGUGAUUAAGAAACUAUCCGCAAUACGUUUACAGAAACAGGUAAUUAUUGCUUCACAUUUGUAUCAACAAUUUUAUUGAUUGAUACAACUUUUAUAAAUGAAUUUUAAAACUAAUUGGAAGUUCCACUGUGUCCACUAUUAAAGCGUGCAAAUAAUCCAAAUAUAUGCAAGAGAACAGAAACACUUGACAGUUCUGCUUGCAUUAUAAAUAUGUAGAUAUUUAAAUCUGUAAAUAGCGUUUCAGACAAUGCGUCUCGAAAUUUUAGUGACAUUUUCUAUGCAUGAGACAUGAAUGUUUACUGUUUUAAUAGGAAUGUUACCAUUGAUUGUGCAACUUUAAAGUGGUGGUCAAGUCAAAAUAUAAACAAACUGGCAGAUAAAAAAAUAUGAUAUGUUCUGGUUCGAUAUGCUUUAAUUAAAUGAACAUAGAAUAGAGUUUCUGAUUUAGAAGAUGUUGAAACAAUGACAACAAUGCUAAAUUUGGGUAUUGUUUACAUCACAGACCCAACAUAGCACAUGUGCAGAACAGACUUGACUGCCUGUUAAAAGGAAAAUAUGUACUGCCUUCAGCCAUGGUGUAAUUGAUGUAUUUUGCCACACCAAUAUCAUAGGCAUAUAUGUGUAUAUCACAAUUCUGGUAUGCCAAUAUAUUUGGUGUAACACACAUCGAUUCCACUAUGCCAUGGGCCUUCAGUGUUGUAUGCAAAGCUAUAAAACACCAGUGGCACAAGUGGUGCCCCCAAUGUUUUCCAGAUUGUGGUCUUCAUUUGUACAAUUAAAAAAAAAUAGGAAAGGACAAUUAUGACAUGAGUAUUUUCCUCCCCCCCCCCCGAAAAAAAAAUGGUUUUAUAAAGAAGGUAGUAAAGCGGGAGACUGGGAGAGAUCCCAAGCUUAUCUUUGUUUUUGUACUCUUAACACGACAAGAUUUGUUCGGAAAUAAGAUUCCCAAAGACAGAUAGGCUUUCAUUAAUUAAAAUCAUAUGAACAAACCAAUUGGGUCGUUCCAGAAAAGAUCCACACUCCCCCCACGGAGGAAAUUUAUGCCAUCCGGAGGGGAGACAAAAUUGUUUCUGAUAAUAAAUGUAUUCGGACAUCUGAAGGGGGUUAACUUCCAAUUUCCUCCUUGGGGGUGGUAUGGAUGUUUUCUGGAAUGACCCAUUACACAAUGAAACAAUUGUUUGAACAUAUUAUGCAAAUAAUUUGUAUUGAGUUUUUGUUGAAUUUUUCAAUAAUUUAGGAGAAAAGUGAAUUAAGUGACUAUUCCAUGUUCACUGUAACACAUAUAUCAACCGCAGCAGCAAUGGACAUAAUGGCAAAGAAUCAACGAGAAGCCACAAAAUUAUAUGGCUUGGUUCUGAGGCACAAAGGGUUCCUGAAACCUCUGGGUGGGUUACCUUGUGAAGUUGCUGUGAUGGAAUGCCACUGUGGAAGUGACAGACGUGGUCAAACCUAUCAAGUUUGGGACUGCAACAAGGAUAAAAUAUACGUGGAGUGUGUUAAACCUGCUAACAGGGUAAGAAGAAAAUAAUUAUAAAACUUAUAAUUGUUUAAGGGUUCAGUGAUGCACCUCAAAAAAUAGGUUGUCCUGAAUUAGGUAGUCCCAAUAGAGUUGCAUAUAAAAUCAGAAGCAUUAAGGAUUUAGCUAAAGUUAUUCACUGUACUGUAAUUGACAUUUUUACAUUACAUAAUUUACAUUUCUCAACAAUACCAGUAUUUACAUUUAUUUAGAUGAACUUCCUUUCCAGUAACAGAACUCUACCUCUUCAGCAUUCAUCAAUCGCUUCAAAUUCCUUCAAAAGUGGCAGCACUCCAUUGGAGGUCUUGCGUUCCGUUUUUGGACAUGAUAACUUCAGACCCAACCAAUUGGAAGCCAUUGAACAUGUUCUUUCUGGGAAGGAUGUAAUUGUAGUUAUGCCAACUGGUGGUGGAAAAACUAUCAUUUAUCCUGUUAAAGGAGGAUAA